AUUGACUGUUACUUUUUUAUUUGUUUGUAAGAGACCAGAAAACUUCACAAACAGCAUCAAUGGAGGGCGUAACAGUUGGCAGUGGAGGAGGAGGAACAACGUUGUCAGAAGUCUAUCAAAAUGCCAAGAGAUUGCAAUUAAAGAUCAGAGAUUCUGUUGAAAGACUUGAACGCCUUGAAUCCUCUUCAUCCGCCUCUUCUGUUUCCCCGGAGUUCGCUUUUGAUAUCAAGAAUGAUAUUUCUCAGCUCCACUCUCUUUGUACUGAUAUGGAUCAUCUUUGGCGCUCUAUUGCCGUCAAAUCUCAGCGCGAUCUGUGGAGAAGAAAGGUUGAGCAAGUUGCUGAAGAGGCAUACUCAUUGAAAGAAAGUUUAGACAAGUACUUUUCGAGAAACCAAAGACGAGUGCAGGAAGCAAAAGAAAGGGCUGAGUUGUUGGGAGGAGCUAAUGGGGAAUCUUCUCAUGUUCUAAGAAUAUUUGAUGACGAAGCACGAGCGAUGCAGUCAGCACGUAAUUCUUCCCGGAUGUUAGAAGAUGCUUAUUCAACUGGUGUAGCCAUCCUUUCAAAGUUUUCAGAGCAGAGAGAAAGCAUGAAGAGUGCACAGCGAAAGUUACUUGACAUCUUGAACACAGUGGGACUCUCCAAUUCGGUGCUAAGGUUGAUUGAGAGGCGAAACCGUGUAGAUACAUGGAUCAAGUAUGCUGGCAUGAUCCUCACUUUUGUUGUUCUGAUCGUGUUGUGGAGGUGGAAACACUAAGAAGCCUCAAUCUGAUCUACCAUGGAUGAUGUCUUACUGUCCGAAACUGUUUAUGUCGAAGUCCAUUCAGCUUCCUCCUGCCAUUUACAAGUCAUUGUUUGAUUCUGGUUUUAGUGCAUAGACAAAUAGACUGGGAUCCUUUACGAUGAGUAUCAUACAUGACGUUCUAUUAACUUGACUUAAAUAUCGGUAAUCUUGAGUCUUAACAAACUCUGGAGAUGUAAAUACGUAAGUUUUAAGGUCUAUUUUUUGUUGUCGUAUGUAUAAUUUGCGGAACCUCAGUUUGUUUCGAAUUGGAAUGAAUUACAACAAUCAACAAUGUAAGGUUUAGCUGAUUCUGAUUAUCAUUGAAUGACUAGUUAAUUCAGGCGAAGAUUGUGGGAUUUAAAAAUGAGGUAUCAUUACUUCUUGCAAAAUGGCCUUUUAUGUGAUCUUGUGUUCUUAAUAACUUUUAUAGAUGUUACAAGUCGGGUCCGAACAGGAUCCAGAAAUUUAGGAUGGGAUCUGGGUUUAAAAUGGGUCUAAAAUUAUUUUCACAUAUUGA